AUGAAUAUGUCUUACUUGUUUUUUUUCUUUUUCAUUCAACUUGUAUUAAAAUACAUUAAUUCAAAAGUUACUGAAAAUACGAUUUGUAAAGAUGGUUUUCUAAUUCAGAUGAGUAAUCAUUUUGAAUGUAAUUGCAAUCCUGGAUUUGUACUAACAUCUGAAAGUACCUGUGAAAAUAAAGUUGAAUGCAAUGCUAAUUCCUUAGAUAAGCCAUGUGGCGAUUUCUCUAAAUGUGCUUAUAAAGAUCUUCAACAAAAAGAAUUAACCUGUAAAUGUAUUGAUGGAUAUGAUUUAGAGGAAUCCAUUUGUGUACCAAAUGAAUGUAAAAAUUUUAGAUGUGAAAGUGGGAAAUGUGUACUAGAUCCAAAACAAGAGGCUAAAAUUCCAAUGUGCUCAUGUUUUAUAGGUAUAGUUCCAAGUAAAGAAAACAAUAACACGUGUACAAUAGAAGGGCAAACUGAAUGUACAUUAAAGUGCACUAAAGAAAAUGAAACUUGUAAAAAAACAUCAGGAAUUUAUAAAUGUGAUUGUAAGGAUGGUUACACUUUCGAUAAGGAAGAAAAUGCAUGCAUUUCUUUUUCACUAUUUAAUAUUUUAAACUUAAGUAUAAUUUUCAUCAUAUCCUUAAUAUAUUUUUAUAUUAUUUGA